AUGGAUGAUCAAGCGAUCCAGACGGCACAACAACAAGCAGAUAACGAUGCCUUGGCGUCAGCGGUAGCGGCUGCUUCAGCGCAUCUGGGUUCAUUGGGACAUUCAGAUGGUGGUGUCGGCGUAGGUGUGGAUGUCGAUGUUGAUGUGGGUUCAGGUAUUGACGUGGUGGGAGAUCACCAAAUACAUCAUCAACAUCAUCAUCAACAUCAACCACACCAUUUCACACAUCACGCUUUACAACAGCCUGAUUUCUCACAAUCAUCUCACCAAAUGAAAGAAGACGGAUCAGUCGGUGAUGAUAUGGAUGUACAAGUACACGGAUUAGAUAUACCAACUGUAGAUGUCGAUGUGGAUGACCAAAAUAUACAUCAACAUCAUCAACAACAUCAUCAUCAAAUCCAUCAUCAUCAUGGCAUGGAUAGUGAACCGGAUUUGGAUUUGAAUUUGGGUGGUAUGGGUACUCCAGGUGAAUUCGACCCUAGAGAUGCAGAUUUAAGUGAUUUCGAUAAUCAACGAUCAAAUUCUUUUGGCAGACCACCAAGCAUCAGAAAAGCUUGUGAUCUUUGUCACGCAGCGAAACAAAAAUGUUCUGGUGAUAGACCAUCUUGUACGCGAUGCAUAGCAGGAGGAUGGGCUUGCGUUUAUGCACCACGACAACGCAGGCGCACCGUUCCAAAAGAUCAGAAAAUGUCUCAUGUCAACCUCGACCCAAUGCAACACCAUAACAUGACUCACGUAGCGCCCGUGCACACAAGCAAGAAGAGAAAACUUGGCACAAGAGAGAACUUGAGUACUUUCGGAUCUGAAGCUAUGGACAUGAAGAUGGCGAUGGGAAUGGCAAUGGAUAUGGGUUUGACAGGAGAAGAAGAAGGUGAAGAAAUGCAAAACAUGACAGACGAUCAAAUGCUCGAAUCCAUUGCUAUCGAUGGCUAUCUUGCUGAUCUUCCUCUCGCCUCCUUCGUUCACAAUCUUCCGUACACUGCACCACCACCACCCGAACCUCAAGUGCAUUUCAACAACGACGAUUUCCCAUCUACAGGCGACAACCCUUUCCCCAAUACUGAUAUGGAUCAACAUACCACUUCUGCAUUAAGAGAUGCCAUUUUCUCCUUGAACGAGAACAACGGUGGUGGACAUGUGGAAGGUGCCGUGGAAGGUGACCAUGGAGGUGAAGGACAAGGUGAUGAACAUGGAAUGGACCCUCAUCUCGCUUUAUUGAACUUGACACACAUUCAAGAUGAUGUGGAUAAUGCCGAUUCUUCAAACACCAAUGCCGACCCUGCAUCCGGACUUCAACUUCCCGACUUCUCCUCUCCUGCACCAACGGGAUGUACUCACAGACAACUCGUUCCGCACAUACUUUCACUUCUUACACAACAUACUCUCGACCCCAAACCAGGUACAAACACCCCACUCACAUUAGCAGUAUUCGCUCCUCUCGCUCGAUCGUUACGACUAUUCCAUUCUCUCACUCAGUGUCAAGCAUGUUCCACGUCACCUCAACAAACGUUACCUCAAUUGGCACUUUUAUCAAGAACUACCACAAUCUUGACUUUCCCUUAUCCACCCAUCAAUUCAUCCUCCGUCGGAUCGUCCGCUCAAAUCACCAUUCACGGAGCUAGGUUAUCAGGUACAGGUUUAUCAGAAGCUAUAGAACAACAUAUUGUCGGUGUUGUAUGGGACUCAUGGAGAGCAAGCAUAAGAGAAGUAUUCGCUGUAUUAGAUAAGAAAGCUCAAGAUAUAAUAACAGCUUCCACAAAUACUCAUACAAACAAUACAUCGAACACUCAAGGUCAAAAUGGUUCAGAUGGAAAUAAUAAUAAUGCGGGUAAUAAUGGUCAACCUGGAAGUGGCAAUACUUCACCUCAACCUGUAACUCCACCACAACCACCAGUCAGCAGUCUGGAAAAACAAAGAGCUGGUCUGGUAUUCCAAGCUGUAUCAAGAUUGAUUACUGCCAUGGAUGAAGUAGAGGGAUAA